CCGGUUGUAGCUCGAACUCCUGAAUAAUCGGGGAAGCUGUUCGCACUGCACAGCUCUCAGCAAAACGACAAGAAGCUACAGAGUGCUGUUCUUCACAACAGGAGGCGUCUUUCUUAGCAGCAUCCAGUGACGGAGCUUUACUGACGAGCAGCCAUGAGCUUCUUUGGUUUCGGUCAAAGUGCGGACAUCGACAUAGUUCUGAAUGACGCCGAAACGAGAAAGAAAGCUGAGCAUAAAAGCGAAGACGGCAGGAAGGACAAAUAUUUUCUCUUCUACGACGGGGAAACGGUGUCGGGGAAAGUCAACGUUACGCUCAAAUACCCUGGAAAGAGGCUGGAGCACAACGGCAUCAAGAUUGAGUUUAUCGGCCAGAUAGAGCUGUACUAUGACAGAGGAAACCACCAUGAGUUUGUGUCUCUUGUGAAAGACUUGGCUCGGCCAGGGGAGCUCACACAGUCACAGACAUUUGACUUCGAGUUCACACAUGUGGAGAAACCGUACGAGUCUUACACUGGUCAAAACGUCAAAUUACGCUAUUUUCUGAGGGCAACAGUAAGCCGGAGACUGAAUGACAUUAGCAAAGAGCUGGACAUUGUGGUUCACACACUCAGCACUUACCCCGAGCUCAACUCCUCCAUCAAGAUGGAAGUGGGAAUCGAGGACUGUCUACACAUAGAGUUUGAGUACAAUAAAUCAAAGUAUCACCUAAAAGAUGUGAUUGUAGGGAAGAUUUACUUUCUGCUGGUGAGGAUUAAGAUCAGACAUAUGGAGAUUGAUAUCAUCAAGCGGGAGACAACUGGCACAGGACCCAACGUCUACCAUGAGAACGACACUAUAGCGAAGUACGAAAUCAUGGAUGGUGCCCCAGUCAGAGGAGAGUCCAUCCCAAUCAGGCUGUUUCUGGCAGGCUAUGAGAUGACACCUACCAUGAGGGACAUUAACAAGAAGUUCUCUGUGCGGUACUACCUCAACCUGGUCCUCAUUGAUGAGGAGGAAAGACGCUAUUUCAAACAGCAGGUAUGCACAUCGCACUGUAGCCUCAUUUUGGCUCAGAAGUUGUCUGUAGGAGAUCACUCUGUGGAGGAAAGGCGACAUAGUGAGGAAGAGUAUGUCACACCAAGCAGUCAUUGCCUCCCAGCGCUUCGAAGGCUCCUCCAAUCCAGAGAAGUCCCAGUCCAAGAGCAACGAAGAGGAUGACAGCUAAAGCCCAGCGUGCACUUCACCCUCGUGUAGUGAGUGCCUGAGCGAAUACAGUGCAGAAAUUGUCAGCAAAGUCUGAAUGUGAAUAUCAGUUGUUUGCAUUGAGAUAGAAUGCACUGCAGUGUUUUUCCAAAUGUGUGUGUGAGUGUGUAUGAGUGAGUGAGAGGCUGUAAAAUGUGACAGUGUGUUUGUCAAGGGAACAAACAAUCAGACCAGGCUAAGACUGUAGAUGCAAGUAAUUCUAAGUGUUUGUUUUAACUACCUUGAAGUACCAGCUCGGUGGAGUUCACUUUGAGACUGAUUAGACAGUGUCAGCUAAUCUCUCUGUCAUUAAAUACUGGACAAAUUAAAUUGA